AUGGACUCCUCAGGAAAGAAGGAAAGAUGUUCACCUAGCGUCAAGAAGGAAAGAGCAUAUGAAGCAAAGGCGGACAGAAGCUUCCAGCAAGGGCGCGGCGACGGUCCACGCGGUGCAGGUGGCAGCACUGACAUCGGCUGGCUGGCGCCGGCUGUCAGUCGCCCGCUUCGGACGUACAACGGUGGCGCGUUCCCGGCCGUGCUGCGCUGGCCGUCUCAGCGCUCACUGUUUAUAAUGCGCGAUAAAAUGGUCGACCUGGAAGCUUUAAUUGCAUUGGUUUACGAGAGGCCGGCAAUAUGGGACAGGGAGUCGAGAAACCACUCCAAGAGGCACGUUGUGGAAAAAUGCUGGGCUGAAAUCAGCAGUGAGAUGAAAACUGAUGAGACCGUGAUAAGAAAGAAAUGGAAGUAUCUCAGAGACCAGUUUGCAGUAGAACUUGGAAGAAAACCAGCAUCAAGAUGGCCUUAUUUACAUUUGUUAAUGUUUUUGGAGGACUUUGUGAAAGUUAGAAAGCCAGGAAAAGUGCGCCGCGUCUUGCUCUCGGAAUCAACUGAAUCUGCAGCAUCCACAUCUGACGAGCUGCCAACAGAAGUCUGCAAGACCUGUAGGACGGAUGCAGAACCAUGUGAUCUCAAAAUGUUGGCUUCAUCACCGCAGAGCGUAAGCGACGUUUCCCUAGAAGCUGAAGAGACAUGUUCAAGUAAUAAGCCGUUAUUACUUUCGUCCACGCAGUUGUCUCCUCGAGAGAAAAAAGGAAAGAACCGCCAACUAAAACAUUAUAAUAAAAGCGUUUUAGAAACAGAAAAACAAAAACUCAAAUAUUCAUUGGCAAAAUCCCACAAGAAAAGCCAUACAGAUGACCUCGACGACGACGGCGAUGACUGCGACGAACUGUUUUUGAAAAGUUUAAUGAUCCACAUUAAAAAAAUUCCAGAUUGUAAAAAAUUACUGUUUAGGAAUAGGAUUAAUGAGGUAGUACAAGAGUUUGCUUAUCCAAAUCAACCAACAUCCCACAUAACAGAGUAGUGUCCCUCUACUCAUAUUCUACUAGUUGACUUGUAAUUAAUAAUUACAGUUUGUUAACAUGUUUUCUUGUUACUUGGACUCUUCCAUAAAUUCACUGGUAACUAUUUUGGUAGUUUUUAGAUGAAAUUUUGAACAUUUCAAUUUUUAUAUUUAUCGGAAAAUAAUGUGAAAUAAAGAAUAACUACAGAAUUA